GUUCCAUUCGCCGCCAUAGCAAUAGCACGUACACAACUUUCAGGCACCCAAGGACAUUAUAAAGGGAAAGAGAGAUGCUGACCUCACGCGCGCUCGUGUGCGGGCUGCAGCGCAGUCUCUGGAGGGGCGUGUCCACCACCAGCCAGGUGCAGGCCGCCCACGCUAAAGAUCUCGCCUCCGGCUCCGUCGACUGCUCUCUGCCCCAGUACAACAACCGCAUGGACACGCCCCUACCGGACGUUCCCUACGUCACCAAGCUGAACUCGGAGCAGCAGAAGCUGAAGGAGAAGGAGAAGGGGCCGUGGAAGAGCCUCACCAAGGAGGAGAAGAUCGCACUGUACAGGAUGACCCACGAGCUCACCUACGCCGAGAUGAGGAAGGGAACUGGUGAAUGGAAGACCGUGCUGGGUGGAAUCUUCUUCUUUGUGGGGUUCACCGGGCUGCUGGUCUGGUGGCAGCGCUCCUUUGUGUACGGCGAGGUGCCCCGCACUCUGUCCCCCGAGUGGGUGGAGCAACAGACCCAGCGCAUGCUCGACAUGAGGGUCAACCCCGUCCACGGCUUCUCCGUCCACUGGGACUACGAGAAGAAACAGUGGAAGUGAAGGAGCCGGGGUGGGCGGAGCCGGAGGGAAG